AUGAAGUUUUCAUAUAAAUUCAGUAAUUUACUUGGCACAGUUUAUCGUAAAGGAGAUUUACACUUUACUCCAGAUGGAUCGUCCGUUAUUAGCCCUGUGGGCAACCGAAUCACAAUUUUUGAUUUAAAAAAUAACAAAUCUAUGACACUUCCUGUUGAGAGCAGAUUUAAUUAUACUACAAUUGAUGUAUCACCAAACGGGAAUAUAUUAGUAGCGAUUAACACAGAUGGUGAAGCUCAUAUCAUUAGUUUAAUAAGCAAAGUAAUUUUACAUAAAUAUAGAUUCAAAGGACGUCCUAAGCGUGUAAAGUUUUCUCCAGAUGGAAAACAUUUUGCAGUUUGUAAAGGAGGUGGUGUAUUCAUUUUCAAUGCACCUGGUUUACAAACAGGGGAUUACAAUCCAUUUAUUAUGGAACAUGCGUUUCAUGGAGCUACUGCUGAGACAACGUGCGUUAGUUGGUCUUUUGACUCGAAACUAUUAGCGGUUGGUUCAAAGGAUACUACUGUAAAGAUAUACAGUUUACAAAAAUGGGCAAACUUUAGAUGGAUUACAUUGGGUGGUCAUUCUGAUGUAAUAGUAGCAUGUUUCUUUGAAGCAAAACAAUAUGAUAUAUACACUAUUAGCAAAAAUGGUCGAGUGUGUGUCUGGGAAUGUACACUUGAACCAGACGAUUUGAUUGAAUGGGAACCGCCUUCAAAAAAAGAAAAACCUAAAGAUAGUGAUAGCGAGGAUGACAUAGAUAUAGACAAAAUUAUAGAGAAAACAGAAAGGCAAAAGGCCUAUGCCGAAAAGAAAUUAUUAGACUCGGACGAUUUGCCACAAAAUAAUAUAGAAGAGGUUUCUAUGAAAGAGAAAGACAAAAAAAUCAAAUUGUUGGGCUAUAAAAAGCAAGCUACUUUCUAUUUGGCAGACGAAGUUCAUAAGCAAAGUAAAGAUGCAAAACUUACUACAGCUGCUUAUCACCAAGAUACUCAUAUAUUAGUUAUUGGAUUUAGUAAUGGUUCAUUUUUCUUAUAUGAAAUGCCGCACGCUAAUUUGAUCCAUUCAUUAAGUAUUUCUCGACUGCGUAUUUCAUCGAUUGCAUUGAAUUCUACUGGAGAUUGGAUAGCUAUAGGAUGCUCUCAUGCUGGACAGCUCCUGGUUUGGGAGUGGCAAAGUGAAACAUAUGCCAUGAAACAGCAAGGACAUAGAACUAAUAUGAACUGUCUGGCAUACAGUCCUGAUGGUCAGUAUAUUAUAACAGGUGGCGACGAUGGAAAAGUUAAACUAUGGAAUACAUUAACCGGAUUUUGUACGCUUACGUUUCACGAGCAUACCUCAUCGAUAUCUAGCGUUCUCUUUAGUCACAAUCGUAAAUUCGUUGCGUCUGCUUCGUUGGAUGGAACGGUGCGAGCGUACGAUUUAGCGAGGUACAGAAAUUUUCGUACUCUCACCUCGCCACGUCCUGUACAAUUUUCUUGCUUGGCGAUCGAUGCGAGUGAUGAGUUUAUCGCUGCGGGUGGUCAAGAUUUCUUUGAUGUGUAUCUAUGGAGUAUGAAACUCGGUACUCUUUUAGAGAUACUGAGUGGUCAUGAGGGACCUAUUGCAAGCUUGGCAUUUAAUCCCAAUCCCGCCAGUACAGAAUUAGUAUCUGCAUCCUGGGAUAAAACCUUGAAAAUAUGGAAUGCUAUUGAAAAUGGCUCUGCACACGAGACUGUACGAUUAAUCGCUGAUGCUCUGUGCGUAACUUAUAAACCAAAUGGAGAAGAAGUUGCUGUUGCUACGUUGGAUGGACAGAUUACAUUUUUUGAAUGUAAAACGGCAAGACAGACAGGUUUUAUUGAGGGCAGAACCGAUUUAGGUGCUGGUAGAUCUAAAACAGAUCUCAUCACGGCGAAAAAAAAUUUACAGUCCAAAGCUUUUACUACAUUAUGUUAUUCGGCUGAUGGUACGUGCAUAUUAGCUGGUGGUCGUUCCAAAAAUGUGUGCAUUUAUAAUGUUAAAGAAUCGAUAUUGUUAAAAAAGUAUGAAAUCACUCAGAACAGAUCUCUGGAUGGUGUGGACGAUGUUAUAAACAGGAAGUACAUGUCUGAAUUUGGAAAUAGAGCUUUAAUUGAGCAUCGCGAAGGUGGAAACAUAUCAUUACGUUUGCCAGGUGUUAGAAGUGGAGAUAUGGCAAGCAGGAGAGUCAAACUGGAAGUGAGAGUACUUUGUUUACAAUUCUCUCCCACAGGACAAGCAUGGGCAGCAGCAACAACGGAAGGAUUGUUAAUAUAUUCUUUGGAUAUUGGAUUAAUGUUUGAUCCAUUUCAAUUGGAGCUUGGAAUUACUCCGGAUACUGUGAGAGAAACACUUGACAAACAUGAUUACGCAAAAGCAUUAAUGAUGGCAUUGAAGUUAAAUGAGAAGUUAUUAACGCAGCAAGUUAUAGAGACCAUUCCGUACAAAGAAAUUGAGUUAACGACGACGAAUAUGUCAGAUGUUUAUAUCGAGAAAUUGCUGAAAUUUAUAGCAUCUGAAUUCGAAUCAACGAGGCAUAUACAUUUCUAUCUUUUAUGGGUAGAAAUAAUCUUGACGAAAUACGGGUCUCGGAUUGAUACUGCGCUUCAGAUGCCAGUACUGUUAAUGCUGCAAAAGAAUAUGCAAAAGAAAUAUGAUGAUCUUAGUAAAAUAUGCGAUUUUAAUCAAUAUACAAUGAGCUAUAUACUGAGGAUAGGAGAUUUAAAAUCUGGGAAAAAUGCAUCGAAGCUUUCUAUUAAGAUAGAUGACGAAUCUGAUUUUUCCAUUGAAGAAAUGGAUACGGAUUAAGCUUUAUUUAAAUCUUUGUAGG